AUGUUAAGAAUCAAAUCAGUUAAACAAAUUAGAUUAAAUUCUACUGUUACAGGAUUAACAAAGGCUGAAUUGAAAUCUAACCCUGUUGCUCAACAAGCUCCUAAUAGAGAAGAAACUUGGGCUCCUUCACAACAAUCAAGAUUGGAUGCUAUCACUAGAUUUGCUUAUAGAUUCAUUCAAAAAGAUUUAGCUAGUCAACCAAGACCUUAUAGUGCUAUGGAAUUGAUUACCAAAGAACCAGUAAGAUAUAUUCAUGAUAAUAUUGCCGUUUGUGAUGGUAAUAAAGGUUCAACCUUACAAGGACAUCCAAAAGUAUUCAUCAAUUUAGAUCAACCAAAACCUUCAACCUGUGGAUAUUGUGGUUUAAGAUAUGCUAAAGAAGAACACAAACAUUUAAUUGAAAACAAAUAG